CAACCACCGGACGAGAAAUCACUAUUCAAAAAAAAAAAAAAAAAGGAAAAAAAGAAAAAUGGCCGUCGACCGGCGGCCACGCGCUUGUCGCGUGAGAUACCACGUGCUUCGUAUUCCAUGAAUAACCGGCCAAAGGAUAUCCCACCGUGAACCCUCUCCGUUUGGGGAAAUUCCCCGCUGGCCAGCCAGCCAGCCAGCCCCACCGCAGUCUUCCGCUAGUCAGCGACCCCACCCCACGCCCCCGUUUCUCCUCACGCCCCCCCCUUUCUUUUGGGCCGAAGCCGUAGCCGAAUCCGAGCCCUUCCGACACAUUAACCAAAACCAUGACCCAACCCCCUCCUUCCGGUCCCGGCCCGCUUCCUUUUCGGUUCCCUCCUAUCCCUUAUCCCUUUCCCAUCCCCGGCGAUAUCAUCGCCUCGACCGCUUCACUCGCUCCUCAUCGCCGACGCUCUCUCUUUUAUCUUCUCUUUCUAUUCCCCUCCUUCCCCUUCCCCUCUCUUCUUCUCAUUUCUCAUGGGGGAUCUCACCGAUUCUCUCACCCCUUCCUCUGCUAACUCUCGCCAAGUUCCCAUUCGUGAGGAUUGCUGGAGCGAGGACGCUACCUCCACUCUCAUCGACGCUUGGGGUCGCCGUUUUCUCGAGCUCAAUCGUGGCAAUCUCCGUCAGAAAGACUGGCAGGAUGUUGCCGAUUCUGUUAACUCUCUCCAUGGUCUUACCAAGAAAACCCAUCGUACCGAUGUUCAGUGUAAGAACCGGAUCGACACCGUUAAGAAGAAGUACAAGACCGAGAGGGCUAGGGUUUCUGCUUCCCACGGAAAUUUUGUUUCCUCUUGGCCCUUUUAUGCUCGUCUCGACGAACUCAUUGGUCCUACUGUUUCUAUGAAGAAACCCUCUUCUCCUCCUAUGGCUCUUCCUUUGCCCUUUCGUAAGACGCCUCCCCCUUCCGCUGCUGCUACUCCCGCCGUCGUUGCUGUCUCUCAGAAGCGGACUGCUUCUGCCAUGGACGAUGGCUAUUUCCGGAGGAAUUACUCGGCUAUGGCGGCCGCUGCUGCUGCCGCUGCAUUGACGGAGGAAGAGGAGGAGGAGGAGGAGGAGGAGGAGGAGGAGAGAGUGAGCGACGAUGAGGAGGCGGAAGGGGAAGGCAUUAGUCGGUUGGCAAGAGCGAUUAAAAGGUUUGGGGAGGUGUAUGAAAGAGUGGAGGCAGAGAAGGUGCGACAGAUGGUGGAAUUGGAGAAGCAGAGGAUGCAAUUUGCCAAGGAUUUGGAAGUGCAGCGGAUGCAUAUGUUUAUGGAGACCCAGGUUCAGCUUGAGAGGAUUAAGCGAGGGAAGAAAUCAACUCCCAGUGGACUAGAAAAUUUGUUCUCAAGUUUCAAUGUUGCUUCUAGCAUGAUUAUGUUUGGGCUUGGAAUGUUUCGGAGGAUGUCUCCAUGGUCUUGGACGCAAGCCUGUAGGUGGAAAGCUUGAGGAAAAAUUUGGAGUGCGUGAUGUCUUCCUGUAGAUUAAUGACAGUGGGGUUGGCCCUAACUGAUAUAUAAUUGGUAUCAAAAGGAAAAAAAAGAAAGAGGGUACUGAAAGGAUGAUUCCUUCCUCAAGAUUAUACUAUUGGAUCAUGUAGUUUUGUAUCAGUUAUUUUUAUCUGAAGAUUAUGAAACCAGCUCUCUGCUUCAUUAAUGAUGUCACGUGCCAUACUCCCACUCCAAUCUUGUUUUGUGGUCUACUUUGGUUUAACUUAUGUAAUUCAGGUUCUUAAAAGAAAAGGGCCUAUACGCUUGGUUGACCGCUUCUUCUAUUUGUCAUUCUGUUUUUGCAUCUUGAUCCGUGAUCAGGGCUUUAGUGUUCUUUUGAGUUUUGAAAAUAUCCAGAAAGAUUCUUUCUCUGAGGGUGUCGCGCGCCGGAUCCGCGAUGAAGAAUGAUUUGCUCGGGAAAAAAUUUUGUGCUUAUGUGGAUGGGUCGCUUCAAUUUCCCAAGACUCGAGACAUAGAAAGCAAGAUAACCCUUUCUUCCCUUGCUCUAAGCAUCUAUCGUAUGAAAUACUACGAUGUAUCUAAUUGGCCAAUCCACAUCCCAACCCAAAAUGAAGACAAGAAUCGUGCUUCAUAAGUUUGAUUUAUUUAUAGAAUAGGAAGCUAAAGGAAGGGAAAUCAACCGAGAUCCCGUUAGUAGCGGCGAGCGAGAGUGGAUUGGGGGUUUGAAGAAAAACAAACACGAAGCUUCGUUCCUCAGCAAAGUGUGAACUUCUUUUUCG